CGUUGAACCUGCAGCCCAUGGAGAGCAACAAGCGUGUGCGUACCGAGCCACCGGAGUGGAGCACGCCCGGAGGAGCUUGGUCCAGAAUGGUGCUCAAGCUGCUGUUCCUCAUGACCCGCAUGAGCACUCUUCUGAUCGGACUACUUCUUGGCCGAGACCUUCGUGGCCCCGAGGAGAUGACCGACCAGGAGAUGAGGGAGCGCAAGAAGCAACCAUUCAGUGUAUGGCCUCUCACAAAGAAGCUCGAGGGGACGCUGUCAGAAAUAGCGGACUCGGACUGCGGAUUCAGCAUGGUGUCCAACAGCCCGUCGAGGGCGUCGAGCACUCCAUCCCCACUGGCUCUGGACAUCGACUACUACAUGGACCAGAAUGUGGAGGGGAAGCACCCGGUCUGCGAGCACGACGAGAUCUGCGAUCUAUGGAUGUGCCGGAAGCAAGGGAGGAACUUCCAACGGAUGUUCUGGCGGUGCCCACUACCGAUAGCGCGUCAAUGCAAGAUGUUCCAGUGGUGCGCCCAUCAGCCUCACUGGGAGGGACCGAACCAGGCUAUUCAAGCCGGACGCAACCUCAAGUCCAUGGAGAAAUCUCCUUCGACGAGUGCCUCACGACCUCCCAAGCCGCCGACGACGCGAGCUUCCAGCAGUCAGGUGGCUCCAACGACCCCAUCUGGAGAGAAGGAGACGGAAAUUCAGGCCGUGCAAUCAUCUGGGUCCCAAGUGUCGACAGGGAACCAACGGUUUCCGGGAGAAGGUGUCGUGCAUGCAGUGUGGCAAGGUCCUGGUGGAUCGAGCACGCCGCAAGCAGGAGAUGGAAGAGCGUGCGGAGAUUCGCAAGGACAAGAAGGCCAGCGGAAGUGCAUCGACGAGCUCUACGGGGGCGAAGGAGAAGGGGGAUGCCAACGACAUGGAGGAGUUCCUGGAAUUCCAGAAGUUCCGCGAGUGGCGCCGCCAGCAGAAGAAGCCGGAUGGUCCGAGCUGAGUCCAGAAGAAGAAGACUGGGCAUCAAAUCCAAUGCUGAGCAAAUCUGCCAAGCGCGCCUGCUUUCAGGCCCGGGCGGCACUGGGGCGUGCUGAGACUAUGUGGAAGGAACUUAUGAAUUUGCUCCGUACAGCGCCGACUGAAGUCCAGUCAGCGGGAUUAGAAAAGCUCAGGAAUUCAGCCUUUAGACACGGCCAAUUGGCAGUGUCCAACAAAAAGGCAUUGUCGCUUUAUGCUACCCUUCUCGACCGAGAUGAAAAGUCAACCAGAGUCGUGGCCGAGCUGUAUAAUCCGGAAAGGUUCAAGGGAGAGGCAAAAAGACAAGGUUUGAUUCCAGGACAAGCAUUUGACCUGGACUUAGGACACGACUUGUUGGAUCCUCACAUGCGUAAUGAAGUCAGGAGUUAUGUCAGAACUGUCAAACCCGGACUUGUCCUGAUUUCACCACCCUGCAAAUGGCACUCCAUUCUUCAAAACUUAAGACCCUUUGCUGACCGAUCCCCGGAAAAACAACAAGAGUACUUGCGUAACCUGAUCCAAGCUAAGGUGUUACUUAGGUUCGGAGUUGAAAUUGCUAAGGAAGUGGCCAGUUAUGGUGGCUACUUUGUCUUCGAACACCCUGUCACAUCUAAGGCAUGGUCCGACCGAGUUCUACAACAACUGAUGAUGCGAGAGGACGUGGUCCUUGCCAAGGGCGAUCAAUGCAUGUUUGGACUGCAAUCCAGAACUGGAGUUCCGAGAAGGAAGUCUACAGGAUGGUGCACUAACUCCAACGAGAUUGCGGAGAUGUUGACGGUCAAAUGCGAUGGCACCCAUGAGCACGACAUGAUCAUUGGCAAGGACGGCUCCGAGAACAAGUCCACACAGGCGCAGAGAUAUCCUGCAGGAUUGGUCCAGGCCAUCAUCAAGGGCUACAAGAAACAGAUUCGAGAGGAGCUCUUGCGUGUGGAGUUCUGUCGAAUUGACCAUCUUCUUCAAGAUUGUCUCCAUCUUCAGCGGAUACAGAACGAGUUGGUCCCAACCGAGCACCUCAUCUCUGACUUUGACAUCAUGACGGCCGAGCACGAGACCGAUGAGGAGCACGAGGAUUCAAAGAAUGACGAGAUGCCUGACGAUGGGGAGGUCCUGGAGGAGCCAGAGACGGUUGAGGAGCCGGGAGGAGAGACAGAAGGAGCAGAGAACCCAAGAUACACGUACCUUCCGAGGGAACGACCGUUCUCUUUGCCACAGCUGGUCAAACGAGCUCAUGAUGGACUUGGGCACCCGGCGAACGAUCGACUGGUCCGGAUUCUCCGACAUGCCGGCGCUAGUCAAGAGGCGAUCAGGCUGGCCCGAGGACACAAGUGCGCGGUUUGCGCAAGGCAUGAGAAGGUCAAACCACCCCGACCGGCCGCACCACCCAGAAACUGGCAGGUCAAUCAGGUGGUUGGAGUGGACACUGUUUGGCUACCCACUUUGGGUAAGAAGACCAAGAUGGCGCUCAACAUCGUUGACUGGGCAUCCAGGUUCCAGAUGGUGAUUCCCUUACAAAGCCAUACACCGGCUGCCGCUCGAAAGGCCUACUUACAAUGGAUCAGACUAUUCGGACCACCUGAACGAGUCUAUGUUGAUUUGGGUACCGAAUUCAAAGGCACUUUCAUGUUUGGCAGCGAGGUGGACUCAACGUACUACGAGCCCGCUUCACUGGAGAUGCCAACUCAGAGGAGCAUCACGGAACGAGCAGGCAAGGCUUUCAAGGAAGUUUUCUCUCGAGCGUUGGAGCACCACACUUGCAGCGAUGAGUCGGAGUGGCACAACUUGGUCGACAUUACGAUGAUGACCUGCAACCGACUGAUGAACAAGUCUGGAUAUAGCCCAAUCCAGAGGGUGCUCGGAUACUCUCCUCGAGUUCCUGGAGGACUACUGACCGGUGGUGGAGGAGACUUAGCAACCUUGGGAAAACUCAGUGCAGGAGACCUUGCCAUCCAGAAUGCGCAGGACAUGCGACUCGCUGCAGCGCGAGCAUUCCACGAGGCUGAUUGCUCUCAAUCCUUGCGCAAUGCUUUACAUGCUGGACCUCGACCUCAACGAGAAUUCGAAGCGGGCCAACUGGUAUAUUUCUGGCGAAAGGGGAUGGAACGAGCGCUCAAGGACAAGCCAAUGUUUUGGCGUGGGCCAGCAAGGGUGAUCCUCACCGCCAUGCCGACUACGGUCUGGAUAUCCUAUAGAGGCUGUAUUGUCAAGGCCGCUCCAGAACAUCUUCGACACGCCAAUGACGAGGAGCAGCUUUCACUCUCGGGAUGGAUCGACGACAUCACCAAGACGAAGGAGGAGAUCGAACAACAACCAAGGCGAGGGUACGUCGACCUGACGCUGGAGGAGAUCCCCAAUGAGGAAGAACGACAACAAGCUCUACCAGAUCCAGAGGCCCCUCGACUUCGACUACGACAGAAGACCGCCGCGGACAAGGUGAUCAAGAGAAGCUCCCCGGACGAAUGGAGGUACAAUCCGGCUACUGGUGAAUUGAUCCGAAUCCACUACAAUCUCAGAAGAGCCAAGUUCAGACCGACUGAAGAGCUGGCAGGUUGCCCCGUACGUCUUGAGGAGAUUGACAAUUGGAGGAAAUCGGUCAUGAAAACUCCAGAUGGCAUGAUGAUGGAUGAGGAAGAAGAUGAAUGGAACAAAGAUGGGCCGGAACCGGAUACCCUAGAGGAUUGGGUUGGACGAACCUACUUCCGCCUGAAGGAGAACGUAGAAGGAGUAGCCCCAGAGUUUGAACGGAUCGUUCGGCCCAGGAUGGACGAACCAGCGGGUCGUGACACAAAGACCGAAGAAAUAGAAGAGAGAGAAGACACAGCUCCGGAGCAAGAGAAUACCCAAGUGGCCACCGGUGGGGAGGACGCAGAUACCAGAGUUUCAGAACCACGGACAAGAUCCUUGCCGGAAGGGGAGGAUACAGAGGACCGACCUUCAAAGAGGAUGAGAACAGAAUUUUUGGAGGUAUAUUUACAAUCCCUGGAGAAGGCCAUGAUUGCAAAGCUCAAGAAGGAGGUGAGCUAUAAGAACAUGACUGCCGAGCUGAAGACCAAGUUCGACAAGGCCAUCCAACGGGAGGUGCAGAAUAACAUCGAUUCGGGAGCCUAUGAGAUCCUGGACAGAUCUGAGUCGGAAAACAUUCGACGUACAAAGCCGGAUAAGAUCGUCCAAUCCCGAUAUGUCCUGACCGAGAAGGGGAUCGAAGCCGAGGAUGUUGAGAAGGCCGAGUUCGAGGGAGUCCUAAUAUCCAAGGAAGGAGAUUCCAGCAAGAAGGCAAAAGCCCGACAUGUGAUGAAAGGAUUCAGCGAAGAGAACUCGGAGUACUUGGAGGUGACUACCCCGCAGGUGGGACGAGAGACGGUACUAUUCACCCUACAACUGUUGGCCAGUCUCAAGUGGAUGCCUGGUUACCUUGACUUCACCCAGGCGUUCCAUUCAGGGGACGAACUCCAGAGGGAAAUCUACGCAGAACUUCCUCAUGAAGGCCUUCCCGGAUGCCAUCCGAGACAACUUCUACGACUACGAAAGUGCUGUUAUGGACUCCUUGAUGGUCCAUUCCAAUGGUUCAGUCAUUUGCAACGGAUCUUGGUUCAAGAGCUGGGAUAUGAAGCAAGCACUACGGAUCCCUGCCUAUUCCUCCUGUUUGGAGAAAACCGGAGGCUACGAGGAAUCAUCUCCGUGGCCACCGAUGACCUACUACAUGGAGGAGACCAACUACACUGGGAGAAGAUGCAAUGGCUGAACAAGAACUACAAGCUCGGGAAGUUUAGUCAAGGAGAUGGCAGGUUCGUUGGUAAGGAGAUCAAGAUGCAGGAGGACGGCGGCAUUCUCAUACACCAACCGCUGUAUACAAAGGAGAAGGUCAAAGAAAUCCCUAUCUCUCGAGAUCGGAAGAGCCGGAAGUUUACUUUCUGUAACAAGGAGGAGAUCACACAACUUCGAGGACUUCUGGGAUCACUUGCAUGGUUGAGCAAGGAAACGAGGCCAGACUUGGCAGGCAGAACAGCAUUGCUUCAACGGAGCAUGCCGCAACCCUACAUUCAGGACCUUCUGGACGCGAACGCUUUGGCGAGAGAAGCUUUGCGGUCUCCAUCGACCGGGAUCCGGAUUCAGCCAAUACCACCUGAACGACUUAGGGUUGGUACCAUCACCGAUGCGUCCUGGGGUAACGUCAAACCUGACUUCCACGACGAGGAGGACAAGGACUACUGGCUGGAGACAGCCAACAGCUGGAUCAGAGUACAUCGACAACCUCGUCGACUAAAAUUUCACCCUGGUGCUGUUCCCGGAGGACCUGAUCUCUACGAGAUACAGAACCACCGACUGACUGAGUCCGACGACACGCAGCACACCGACCAAUGGAACCACCGAGACAGUCAACUUCCAGUUGGUGAUCAUCCCUGGCGAGGUCGCACGACCUUCUACAAGAAAAAGGCCGAAGCAGGGAAGAAGGAGGUGAUCAAUGAGAAGUUCCUGCAGAAUCAACGACUUGCGAGCCAAGGGGGAUAUAUCACCUUUUUCUAUGAUUCGCAAAUGGAAGUGGAGGAGGCCGCAUUCCCAAUUUCAAUUAUCACUUGGAAGAGCUACAAGGUCAAGCGGUGCACGGUGAAUACUUUGUCUGCAGAGUGCCAGGCGAUGAUUCAAGGAGUUGGAUCACUUCAUUGGAUCCGCGCCCUUUUGGAGGAGAGCAGAGGAACUAUACUACGACUGGAAGACUGGGAACAACAAAUAGCUUCCACCCCCUUCAUUGCCAUCACCGACUCCAAGAGCCUGUACGACACGGUGUCGAAAUGUCGCAACACGGCCUCACAUAUUAGUGACAAAAGGUCUGUCAUGGAAAAAGGUCAGUGGUCGCUGUCGGAAAGAGGAUUCCAAACACAGGUGGACGCCCUGGGCGCCGGCUCGGUGCAAGAAGAGAUUGCGGACCGCGAACGGGUGCUGAAGACUUUGCGACAAUCCUACACCAAUCAGCUAGAGGAGGCACAGUUGUUGGCUUCGGCGCGACAAGAAGCGUUGAACCAACAAGGUCUCAGUAGCGAGGAAUACGCCUCAUUUGCUCAACAUGAGUCGCUUGGCAGUGAUGAUCCAGUUCUCUCGGGCUGCCUGGUCUACUUUUUGCCAAAGGUCAUUAAGGGCUUAGGAAUCUCAGACUUCGUAUGCCAUUUCCAGAACCCAGACCAACGCCAGGUGGUGAUUUCGGUCCCUGCCAAUGAAGUCUCUGAGCGAGCGCGGGUGGCUGGAACAGUGUUGGUGAACGGCCAAUUGCUGAAGCCGGACGAGCAAAGGUUGACUCACUUUGAUCGCUUACUCUUCGGCCGCGCCUGGAUGAUGCGACUCGUGGUGCCUUUGGAGCAGCAGGACUUGGCGGCCAACAAAUCCCUGUCCAACUCGGAUUCGGACACCUCCGAGGUCCUGAAGAAGCGCAGCAUGCUGAAGCGCGACACCAUGAAACUCAUUCUGAAUGAUGAGAGUGAAGCAUGGAGCGAACUCCGAUUGUAUUUGGGGGAUCUCUGGGAACGUCUUGGAGAGGAACGUGGCAACCAGUUUUUCUACUACGUCAGCAAGGCCAAUGACAUUACGAAGGAACUUCGCCCUGAGGAUCGCCUGAAAUUCGAGGUGGAACUGGUGUGGGACAUCCAUCGUCAUGCUGCUUGGAGUUUCCGAUGGUGGCCCACUAGCCUGGGUUACGACACCUUCUGCAGCAAGGGACGCUGGAACGGCAAAGGUGAUCCACUUGAGGAUCCCUGGCUGGAUCCCUCUACCGUGGAGCUGACUUUGCAGAUGCACAGCACCGCUGAGGAACAGCUGAGAAUCGAGGAACUUCGACAGAGUUUGUUGACGUCGGACCUGAGCGCCAGCAGACAAGGUGAUGGCCGCAGCGGUCAUGCUUCGGCCGCCCAGUCGCGGCAGAGCAGUAAGCGCUUGGCAGCAGGCGCCCCAAGCGUCAGCAGCUCCCGACAAAGCUCCAAGUUGAUGUCGGCCAAUGCAUCGAAGCUGAACUCAGGAAACCUCCAUAUCUCAGUGUCAGGCAAAGACCGAGGUGCUGUGGGCCGUAUGGGUUCCUUGGAUCUUGGAACUUUGUGGUCUUUCGCAGAUGAUGAGAUACAGCUGCUACGACAACAGCUCAAGGAGAAGGAAGACGUAGAGUCAGCCUACAAAGAUCGCAUCAGUGCGCUGAUGCGGGAGCUACAGGAGCUGCAGAGGCGCCACGGAAACUUGCGGGACCUCAUUGGUGGUGUCUCCACUGAUGGUUCACUGACGGCGCGACGCUUGAUGACCUUCCCGGGCGGCGGCGUAAGCAGCACGGGAAGUGGGGGAGGCGACGUCCAGCGGGCCAUGCGAAGCGCAGUGGAUAUGGAAAUAUGUGCACAGGUGGUAGCGGAGCUGCCAAAACCAAGAGCAAACGCUGUUGGAGUGGGCAGAGCGACAGAGGAUUGGAACGUGGACUAUGUCAGGGAGCAAGGCAGGUACUUGAUGGGGCUACCCACAACGGUCCCUGAGAGCAAAUGGGGAGCCAGACUAGUUGAACAUCUACGGGGAGAAGCGGAAGAGUUGAUGGAACAUGUAGAGCUGAGUACCAUCACUGAUGACAAGGGUUACAAAAAGGUGUUUGAACUUCUUGACGAGCGCUACAAAGAGCUGGACAAGGACGAGCUUCAACGCUGUCUCAAGUCGUACUUCUAUGCGGCGCCAAUCAAGAACCUGGAGACCUAUAGGAACUUUGUCAUACGGAUGGACACAGCCUACAGAGGGCUGACACGGCACAAAGUAGAACUACCUGAGCCAGUUAGAGGGUGGAUUCUACUGAAGAAGCUUCUUUUGGACUCGACAUCUGAGGCCCUGAUCAUGACGUCUACAUCGGGGUCACUGAACUACACAGAUGUCCUAGGAGCUCUCAAGGCUGUGUUUCCAAAUGGCCAGGGUCCCGGAGUGAACCCAGGCAAAUCAAAGGACAAGGAGAUCUUCAUUGCCCAGGAAGACAGUGAGACACCAAAUGAGGCCACUGAACUUGAAGUACCAGGCAACGAUGACUUCUUAGAGGUCAUGGAAGCAGCCGCCACUCAAGCUCAAGAACAGAGUGACUAUGAGUCUGAGGAUGCAUUGGAGGUGUUCGAGAACUACUCUAGCAUUCGAAAGAAGAUGCAGGAGAAGAAGACCUCUCGUGGCUUCAGACAAGUGAACACGACUGAGAAACAAUGGAAGCUUGAAGGAAGCGUUCAAGGAAAGCUGUCACUCUUGAAGGCAAAGACCAGAUGUCAUCACUGCAGGAGAAUGGGUCAUUGGAAGAAGGAAUGUCCGCUUCGACAAAAUCAAGGCAAGAAGAGCGAAGGAGGCCAGAAGGAGGUCCACAUUGUAGAGAGCUACAGUGAUGACGAGGCCUUCUUUGAGAGCUAUGUCCUAGACGAGGUCAAGGGCAAGGACUAUGAGCAGGAGUACCACGGGUACCAGGAGACUGACACCAAGACCAAGACGGAGACACAGAAAGACCAGGGUGCCAAGAGGAACCGAGACACAUGGGUCUUAGACAAGGAAAUGGGUGUCUUGGAACGCAUCCAUCAGAAAGAAAGGAAGGGACUCUUCACACCACAUGGAGUCAAAGAUCUUCCUAUCGCCAUGGAGGAAUUCUCGGGCGAACGGGAGACAAUCAUGAUCAAUGUGGCCACCGGAGAAAAGAGUGUCAUCAAGGACAACUACCAUACGACCAGAGUACCCCAUCAGAAGAUGGACUACAACUGGCGUGGAAAGACAAAACUCUACCUGAAGACCAUGGACCAGUCCAAGAAGUCAAGUACCUCGACUAAGGUGGUGGAUCCAGAUGCUCAGCUGCGACUUUUUGAACAUGAAGUGCUGAGCGCAAUUCAUGAGGGGGCGCAGCCAGUUUUUUCCAAGUCUGACCAGGCAGCAACCCUGGAUUCUCACGCAGUUCCCGACACGGCAUGUCGCCGUACGCUGAUCGGUGAUUAUGUGCUGUCAUUGCUUGAGUCUAGGUUGAAUGAGAAGGGUCUCAUUGUGAAGAGACUGCCUCGAGGAAAUCUGAGUGCCAUGUAUCGCACGCAGGAAGUGCCAAUGACACCACUGGCACAAGAGUUGAUGAACGGGCUCAUCGUGGAAGACAAGAUCGACAUGAUCCAGGAAGAGAUCGAUCGCUACAGCGACCACGAGGAAGACGAGCCAAUGAAGCCAGUUCAUGGACAGGAAGUGAUGAAGGCCGGCAAGUACAAGAACACUCACAACAUGGAGUAUGCCUACACUCAGGACAAGAAGCAUCUGAAGUGGGUGCGCUCCAACAUCCAGCCACAGGGCUCAAGUCCAGAGAUGAGGCGCUACCGCCUCUAUGUGGAGAUGAGAGACCAGAAGAAGAGUCAGAGACUCUUGAGCCGAAUGGAACAGCAGCGUCCAGUUGCUCCUCAACCCAAGACCCAUGUGGCAGCAAUGACCACCGCCAAGGCGAAGGCAAAGUCAGUAGAACCACCAGCGAGCUCAAGACGUCGAGAGAGAGAGGGAGAAGGAUGGUCUCACGAGAUGACAGCGAUGGAGAUGGACUACGACGAGUACAAGACAUGGGCAUUUCUGGACGAGCUAGAGAAGGAAAAGAACCAAGAGCAGCAGAAUCAGAUGUGGCAGGAGAUCGUCACACAUGUGGCAGAGCAGAACCCAGAGAAGGCACAGAAGAUGAUGCAGGUGUCCGAGAUCAUGGGCAUUCACAUGGCAUGGAAGAUGUUCAAGGCAGUCAUUGAGCGGGAAGCUCAAAAAUGUAGAUGUGAUGUGAUGAUUAUAAGCCAAACCUCCCUAUCACAGCAUGAGGUGGCGGAGAUUUUCUCUGUUCCACGAGUAAGUCAAGCAGCUGCAGCUGUGGGACUGAAGUGUGGACCGUCGUAUGACAUACUUACCGGUGUUGACUUGCGCGACAAAAAGGAGCGUGACCGAGUGCGGGAGGAACUUAGGGUGAUUACCGAUGGUGGGGGAGAGUUUGGACAAGAGUGGACGGACAUGUUGUUUAGGGACGGGUCAAUACAUGAGACUACAGCAGCCUACAGUCCGUGGCAGAACGGAGUAUGCGAACGUGCAGGAGCAACUUGGCAGACGGCUUUUCAAAAAGGGUUACUGGAAGUUGACCCCCAAAGUAAAGAGGAAACCGAAGAGCUUGCCGACCAAAUAACUAAUGCACGUAACACCUUGGUUAGAAAAGAGGGAUACUCUCCAUGUCAGCAUGUGCUUGGACAAGAUGUGAGAAUACCUGGAUCCAUUCUCAUGAUCGACAGAAAUGAACAAAUGGAGUCUGCUCUUGAACAAGGAGAGAAGACACAUGAAAGAGCACAUAGGAUCAGAAUGGCAGCCAGGAAGGCGUUUUUGGAAGUAGACAGUGAAGACAGGUUGCGUAGGGCACUUAGUCACAGAACCCGACCACAGAGAGGGCCUUUUUCGCCAGGCCAAGAAGUUUUAAUUUGGAGAAAGGGUCGUGGGCAAACAAAGUGUCACUGGCAAGGACCUGGGAGAGUUGUUGGAGUGCACUCGGACAAGGUGUGGGAACAUCAUGUGGACAGUGAUCAAAUCAUGGACACUCCAGAAUCUCCCGCACGGACCAUGUACAGUCCGAGCAUGGGUGUGUCAGUGAACCAAGAACAGGAGAGUCAAGGAUCUGACAUGCAGACUGAGGACAAAGAUCCAAUGAUGGAAAAUGACACACAUGGCAUGGAACAACAUGACACGGGACAGCAUGGCAUGGAAAGGAAUGGCAUGGAACAGCAUGUGGAGCAAGAGACGGGACAGCAGAGUUCACAGCCUUCACACAGCAUGCAGAGACCAGGUAAUGAUCCAGCACUUGAAUAUGGACCAGUAAGGACGACAAAGCUUACUGAAGCUAUGAGAAAAAGCCUGGACAACCUGGAUUUUGGAAGACCACGACAUGACACACCACAGAAACCAAGUGAUCAUGCUGCGAAUGAUGCGUUUGAGUGUGAGUUGUUGCAUGACACAUACUUGCGUAGUGAUGAUGUGUUCAUGGCCACUGUGAAAAAGGCAGGUAGGAAGGAGAUCAACAUCAAGAAAUUGAACAAUGACAGACUAGAUGAACUGGUCAAUGCAAAGGCCAAAGAGUGGGCGAAGAUGAUUGACUCCGGAGCUGUUAAAGUGCAUGUUGGAGAAGCUGCAAGGAGAUUGGUAGAAACGCAUGGCGGAAAAAGGUUGCUUGAGAGUAGGUACGUGUACACCACGUCUGAUGGAAAAGACACUGGACCCUUGAAAGCAAGGUGGUGUAUAAGAGGUUACCUUGACCCUGACAUACUUGACCUUGCAACCGCCGCACCAACCUUGUCACCAGAGGGGUUUGCUACAGCCGUCCAAAUGAUUACCUCAAAGAAAUGGAAAAUGAAGAUCGCAGACAUUGAAGCUGCCUUCUUGAGAGGUGAUGAUAUGAAAAGGACACAAGGCAAGGUGCUAGUAAAAGUACCGAGUGAUGGCAUACCCGGAGUUGACAGCGAGUCAGUCAUAGAACUGAUAAAACCAGUAUACGGGUUGGCAGACGCACCACGACUGUGGUGGAAGUCACUGACGAAGACACUGGGAGAACUGGGAAUGCGACAGUCAAAGCUGGAUAGUUGUGUUUUUCACUACUGGGACCCCGAAACUAAUGUGUUGGAUGGAAUUAUUGCGUUUCAUGUGGAUGAUCUGAUAAUUGGUGGCAGUGAAAAGUUUUAUGAUGAUGUUUUUGGGAAACUGCAGUCGAAAUAUCCUUUCAAACAUGUGAAAGACAAACAGGGUGAGUUUUUGGGUAAACAAUUGGUUCAAUGUGAUGAUGGGACCUUGUGUAUCCAACAAAAGGAAUAUGCGAGUGCCAUGGCAUGUAUUCCUGUGUCAAAAGAGAGAAGGCGAGAAAAAGAAAGUCCCAUCACGGAGAACGAGAGGGGACAAAUGCGUGCAGUGCUUGGUGAAAUCAAUUGGUUGGUUUCUGGAAGCCGACCUGACCUAGCUGCUUCAUGCUCACUUCUUCAACAAAGAGUGUCAAAAGCUGUUGUUGGUGAUUUGAUUGAGGUUAACAAGGUUGUUUCUCAGGUUCAUGAUCAUUCCAACACUGAAAUCAAGAUUCUUCCUAUUCCUAUUCAAAACUUGGAAAUUGGGGUUUGGUCUGAUGCGUCUUUUGCAAAUGCUGAAGCACACAAAAGUCAGGGAGGGUAUAUGGUUUGCGCAGUGGAAAAAGGGCUCAAAGAAAAUAAGUGGUCAAAAGUCUCUCCAUGGAGAUGGCGUAGCUUCAAGCAGGACCGACAAACUGCUUCGACUCUGGGAGCAAAGUUAUUGACUAUGUCAAGGGCAGUGGCUGAGGCGAAAUGGUUACGAUCAAUGUGGACAGAAAUGACGUGUCCAUCAUAUACCCUGGAGAGUGACAGAGAACUCACGAAACAAACUGCUAUCGUGCUCUCAAUAGACAGCAGACCUGCAUAUGAUCACUUGCAUGGACAAGUCAUGACAAUCAAGGACAAGAGGCUGGCAAUUGAGAUGCUUCUGAUGAAACAAGACAUUGGGAGCGAAAAAGUUCCUGUAAAAUGGCUUCCUACAGAUCUGAUGCUAGUAGAUGGACUGACAAAGUUAGGUGCACCUAUGAUGCUGCUUCGGAGAGUGUUACGAGAAGGCAGAGUGAUACUACAAGAGAAUGAUGAGAUGACCAAAUUGGCCGGCAAACUUCAAAAGAAACUCAAAAGUUGA